UACUAUGAUACCCUAACACCAACAGCUGAAGUAUCAACCCACCAACCGUCAAACGUCUAUCGUUGUUUUAACGCAUCUGUCAAAAAGGUUUAUUGAUGUCAACCAACUGCUUGAGUUGGAAAAUAAUAUACAAAAACAUGGACAUAAUACCGCCAAAUUCAACCUGAUACGCUUCAAACCCCCGUCGUGUGGUUUGAGGUGAAAUUACGCAGAGGGCAUCAUUUACGCAAACAGUUUAAAAGUGCUCCGAUGGCAUCCUUUCAAUUACGAACAUGCCUUCUAUGUUGCCUACUUUUCAUAACGAUCCUCCAGCCGGUAGCGGGCCUUCGGUCGCUAAAAACCAUACCGAUCGUCAAGAACGUGAUCACACAGUCAAACCCAAAGUACCUAAACGCUACCACCGUGCCGCACAACACACCAGCCGAGUCCAAGGUGGAUGUUAUCCUAGACGUUAAGAGACCUAUAUCCAAUUUGCACAUGAUCUUUGUGCUUUGGGUCAAUGUCAUCUCCGGUACGUUGCAGGCGCCACUGUACAACCAAACCAUCAACUUUUGCGAGUUUCUCAAGAACCCGAGCGUACAUCCGCUGGGUCAAAUCAUACAUCGUGAGGUCAAACGGAAUGGAAACAUGCCCCGCAAAUGCCCUAUCGCUGUCAAUCUGUACGCGUUUUACGGCAUACCGAUGAGUGGCAUACGAUUGCCGAACUUCUUUCCGGAGGCAGAUUUUAUGCUACAAAUUUUCAUCGGCUUAGCUAGCGAGAUGAUCUACGAUAGCCGGCUUUACGGAACAAUCAAGCGAAUAAAAUGUACCAGAGCUGUUCGAUGCUAGGACAUGCUGCAGGUUGGUUGUUGGGAGUCAUGCUAAUGAUGUUACCGGGAUGAAACGUUUGAUGCUAACAUAAAACGAUGGUCACCUCCAGUAAAAUGUCUUGAUACUGACUCA